AUGAAGAAAAGCUUUGGCACGAAGCGUGUUCCUCGGAAAGUAGGACAGGCUGAGAGCGAUGCGCUGGCGGAGGAGGCAGGGGUUACGGCAGAAGAAACAAGCUUGAAACGGCCUGUUGUAAAGCCGCGCAAGUCGGCCAACCUCCGGACAAGCUUCAAGCCUUCCGCAGCUUCGGACGACGAUGGCGAUGGCGAAACGCCUGCCAGCAUCGUCAGGCCUAAGCGUUCGAAUGUCUCACGUCUAGCGAUCCAGCGGAAUGCGUCCCAGCGUCUGUACGAUCUGCCACCACGGCCAUUCUCAGAUGCGGACGAUGACAGGCCAAGCUACAGCGCAGAGUCUUUGCAGGCGCUGAAGGAAAGCACUCCAGCGACGCCUCAGGACUUUGGCGACUCCGAUGCAGCCGUGCAAGAUGUCGCGCAAAGCACGCAAGCGCUGGAUCUCACCUCCAAGUUUGGCUCGUCUCUAGCCCGCUACCAGCAGCCUUCCGCCAUCCCCUCCACGGCAGAGAUCGAGGAGAAGAAAGCACGGCGCGCUAGGCUAGCCAAAGAACAACAAGCGGAAGAGUACAUAUCCCUCGAUCCAGACGAUCCGGGUCUGGAUGACGAAGAUCUGGACGAUAAUGUAGAGAGAGAUAUGAAUGGCCGUCUUGUGCUGAAGGAGAAAGACAAGUACAAUCGAGCCGAGAGCCGGCUCGUGCGAGAUGAUGAGGACAUCAUGGAGAACUUCGACGACUUCACGGAAGACGGCAAGAUGCAACUUGGUCGUAAGGCAGAGAAGGAGGCAGAGAAGCGAAGACGGGAGGAGAUGGCGGCACAGAUUGCAGCAGCUGAAGGUGAUGGUUCAGACGCAGAAGACAAGAGUGAUUCGGAUACCAGCGAGAAAGAACGCAACGCCGCUUUCGAAGCCGCGCAGACCAGACACGGCACAUACGGCACCGCCAACGUAGUAUCGACGGAUCCGUACGAGCAUCUCCGCCCAAAGACGCCGCCUGUCAUCACGCCAUUGCCGACACUCGACGGUGUCAUUGCUCGUUUGCGAAAGCAGGUUGCAGAGAUGCAGUCGAGACGGCUGCGGAGGCUGCAGGAGAUGGAGGCGCUGCAGCGGGAGAAGGUGCGGUUGGGAGAGGAGGAAGUGAGGAUUCAGAAGGCAUUAAGGGAGACGGCGGAGAAGUUUAGGUUGUUGAGGGCGGAGAAGGGGAUUAAGCAGGUUGGGGCGGUGGGGGUGGAGGCGCCGGCUGGGUUGCUGGAGGCACCUGUGCUUGGUGGGGAGGGGCAGGCUGAUGAGGAUGAGGAGCAGGAUGGGCAGGCGGAUGAUGCAGAACGGAACAACGACGUUGACGUUGAUGAGGAGCUACCAGAUGGGCCUGGCCUUACUCGUGCUGAUGAUGGCUGGGUUGGGAUGGGUCCUACAGCAGGGUUGGGCUCAGGCAUGGCACAACGGCCGGCCGAAGAAGAUGACUGGUAG